CACAAAAGUGACGUUUGAUCAGAUGGUAUUUUAAACACUUGGUUACACUGCGUUGUUGAGUUAGGGAUAUUUACUUCAAAUCGAAAAAUAAUUAAAGUAGCUUUUAUAUAUAUAAGACUAAAGGAGUAUGAGUGGUAACGACACAAAAGCAGUGGACAGCGAUGAAGAUUAUUGUGUUGAGGGCGAUAUCAAAAGUAGCGAAGAUAGUGACACCAGCUCCGACGAAUCGUCCAAUGGAUCCGACAUGAACCACAAAAACAAAAAUGUUUCCUGCCUGACCUUUCUGAAGACCAGACAGUCAAACAGCUCGAAAAAUAAAUUCAAAAUUGAGAAAGAUGAGCUGCCAUCAGACGAAGAGGCCGAUAAAUCCCGAUCUGAUGCUCUUUGGGCCGACUUUCUUAGUGACGUUGGGUCUUCAAGUGAAAAUCAUGAGAAAAAAAUACCUGUGGAAACAAUGUCGUGCGGAUCGCCGAAAAAUGUAGACAUUGCAGCAAAGGGACUGUCUUGUCAAAGGAAGAUAGAGAAAGGAGGUACAAACCUUGAAAAAAAUGGAAUUCAUUCUAAAGGUGCUAUUAAGCGACCGUCACGUGUAGUAGGUGUCAGUUCUCUCAUAAAUACAUUGGGUAAAAAAAAGAAAAUGUCUGUUUUGGAAAAAUCGCAAAUGGAUUGGAAUACCUUUAAAAGCGACGAAGGUAUAGAUGAAGAAUUACGUACUCACAAUAAGGGCAAGGAAGGAUAUUUGGAACGCCAAGACUUUUUGCAGAGAACAGAUUUGCGUCAGUUUGAAAUCGAGAAGAGCUUGCGACAAUCACGACGGAAUAAUUGAGCAUCUCCUAGAGUCGAAUUUAUUUUCAUCCAUUUUACUCCAGAUUUUUAAAAGAAAAAUAAAACUAUUAGUUAAGCCAAGGAUUAAUAUAUAUAAAUUUGUUUCAUUUAGAGUCUUCGAAGACGAGUGUUAGAGUCAAUAAAGAUGAUGAAAAGAAA